AGGCUUGUCAGACACAAAUGAUUGCUAAACACUUUAAUUGUAUGAAAUAUAUCGCGAGGUGCAAAGUAGUCAUGCCGACUUCUAACACCAUAUUUCAUGUAUCGAUUCAAGCAAAAGUAUAAUCCUUAUCAAUCAAUUUCUCUUUUCCUUUUUACCGUGACUUGCCAUGCGUCAUAAUCUGAUUGUCUGACUCUGUUUGGCUCAUAAAUCAUCUAUUCCUAUCGAUAUCUGCCCUCUUCCUGAUGUUUGAAUGCGAAAUUCCGACAUAGCUAGACCUCCAACCCUUUUCUCUGUUUGAACACUAUAAUGUACCAACGCUGGAAGGUGCAAAGUGAGCUGCCUACUAACAUGCUCGAACACAUCAAGUUGACGAUAGGCACACUUUAUCGCAAUGUUCAGCUAAUUUUCACGGCAGCAAGUUAAGCGAGCUUUUGUAAGAAUCUUGCCGCGGCACUUAACUCUGAUUAAUCUAAAUCUCCGAAAUAGCUCAUUCAACUUCAACUUCCAAAUUUUCCAGCUUCUGCGCAAGCGACCAACACUCUUCGUGCCGGCCAGCCAACAAGACGCUGUAUAUCCGUUCACACAAUCACAAUGUGUCCCACAGGAAGUCGCCUAUACUUUUUCUAAUGUGUAGUGCGGGCACGUGGUGGCAGAGCACAAAACCGUCGCGGGUAGAUUAAGUCAACCGCGCGCGAGAACGCCAUCGCCGCCGCUAAAUCAAGUACGCAUCUUGAUCUAGUCGCCGCGUAAAUGUCAUCGCUCGCUAGCUUCAGCAAGCCCUCUCUUGUGUUUGUUCUCGUUCGCGUUCCCGGCUUUGGCUCACCGCAUCUCCCGCGGCGUUUCUCCCAUGUAUUCUUUAUAGCGUGUAAUCCUCUCACGUCGUCAUGACGCCAAGACCUUCCGGCCAUCUGUUGCAAGGCCGCCUAUGUGCUUUCCGGCGCGGCGUCUUCCCUUUAACAUAUGCCGUAUUCACACAGCGGCGAGCUGCUCGUGUCCUCGUGCGAAGCUCGGCUUCUAAUGCAUCGCCCCCGUGUCUACCCUGUGUUGGGUACAAACUGAAGCCUCGAUUGGUCUGAUGUAAUCCUAUCGCGUCCCCGGCCCAAUGUAUAAAAAAGAUCAAUUUUCUUUUAAGCUUUUCGGUAUCGAGCGCGGAGUCCGAAAAUGUUGGGAAGCCCGAGUCUAAGACCACUCUCAAGUCGCAGAAACAAGGUCUAUGAAGAGAAGCUUAUGUUUUGAUCGGAUUUAAGCACCGGGGCAUGCUAUCAUAGAUGAUAACUACUGAAUAAGCAUCCAUACUAAAACUAAUCUCUUACUUACACAUAAAGCGGGUCUUUUGCAAAAAACGAACGAAAAAGGUGUCAGUGAAACAAUAGCAACACGAUUUAAGACCAUCGUCAUUGCUUGAUCUGGUCCCAAGUCGUACGAUUUGGCGACUACACUUUCUUGAAUGGGCAACAGACCUAGUCACGCUGUAGGUUAUCACCUUCUCUGUGAUUCCUCAACAUAAGUUUCUUGCGAAUGCUUGAUUCCGUCUUUAACUCAGUGGAGACCUGCAUCAUCUGCUCUCACCACUAGAAACUACGCGGUUAAUACUGUCC